AUGGACCGAUGGAGCAGAAUGCCUUGCUGGGGACUCCUGCUGGUGCUCUGGGGCUCCUGUACCUUUGGUCUGCCUGCGGACAUUGGCGCCCUCAGACGGAUCUUCCUCAAGAAGAUGCCCUCGGUCCGAGAAAGCCUGAAGGAGCGCGGCGUGGACGUGGCCAGGCUCCGGGCUGAUGGAAGCCAGUUCCCCAAGAGACUCUCCUUCAGCAACAGCACCUCGCCCGUGGUUCUCACCAACUACCUGGAUACUCAGUACUAUGGCGAGAUUGGCAUUGGCACCCCACCCCAGACCUUCAAAGUCAUCUUUGACACAGGAUCGGCCAACCUCUGGGUACCUUCCACCAAGUGCAGCCCUCUCUACACAGCCUGUGAGAUUCACAGCCUUUACGACUCCUUGGAAUCCUCCAGCUACAUGGAGAAUGGGACGGAAUUCACCAUCCACUAUGGAUCCGGGAAGGUCAAAGGCUUCCUGAGCCAAGACACGGUGACUGUGGGCGGAAUCACAGUGACACAGACGUUUGGAGAGGUCACAGAGCUGCCCCUGAUACCCUUCAUGCUGGCCAAGUUUGAUGGGGUUCUGGGCAUGGGCUUCCCCGCACAGGCCGUUGGAGGAGUCACCCCCGUCUUUGACCACAUUCUCUCCCAGAAGGUGCUAAAGGAGGACGUCUUCUCUGUCUACUACAGUAGAAAUUCCAAGAAUUCCCACUUGCUGGGGGGAGAGAUUGUGCUGGGAGGCAGCGAUCCCCAGUAUUACCAAGGCAAUUUCCACUACGUGAGCAUCAGCAAGACUGGCUCCUGGCAGAUCAAAAUGAAAGGGGUGUCUGUGAGGUCGGCCACCUUGCUCUGUGAGGAGGGCUGCAUGGUGGUGGUGGAUACUGGCGCCUCCUACAUCUCAGGUCCCACCAGCUCCCUGAGGCUGCUCAUGGAGACCCUGGGCGCCAAGGAGCUGAGUACUGAUGAAUAUGUUGUGAACUGUAACCAGGUGCCCACACUCCCUGACAUCUCCUUCCACCUCGGAGGCAGAGCCUACACACUCACCAGUGCGGACUACGUAUUACAGGACCCCUACAGUAACGAUGACCUGUGCACACUGGCCCUCCACGGUCUGGACGUCCCACCACCCACUGGGCCUGUCUGGGUCCUGGGUGCCAGCUUCAUCCGCAAGUUCUACACAGAGUUUGAUCGGCGUAACAACCGCAUUGGCUUUGCCUUGGCCCACUGAGGCCCUCUGCUGCCCUGGCGGUCUGUCCGCAGUCCUAGUCCGGAGUUGGAACCCUCUCUGGUAAUGUCCCUGCUUAUGCUUGUGUCCUCAUGUUGGGGCGCAAGGCAAGGAGCUCCUGCUGGACGCUUGCCCUGUCCCAACACUGGCUCUUCCCUGCAUUGGGGACAAACAGAAUAAAGACUUCAUGUUCACAGCCCUGUUGCACCUGAGUCCACUAGGGUUUGAAACAGAGGGAGGGGCAGCUGCAUGGUCAUGCGCAGACAGGAAAGUGGCACAGAAUGACAAACAUACUCACCGGGUGUCUGCAGCGCUCAAAUGGAGUUAUUUACACAACCUUGGGUGGGAAGUUUGCAGAGAGUCAGCCCCUUGCCCUCUGCAGUCCCUCAAGGACCAAGACUAAUGCUGGAGCAGUAGGCUGUGGAUCAGAAAAAUGCUCCCAGCUCAUGGAGGCCAGCCACAAGCUCAGGCUCUGCACUGCUGAGCUAGCUAGGCCUGCCUCUCCUGCACUGCAGACCUCCAACCCGACCCAUGGAGCCAUUUACACUGCAGUCCAAGGCACCAUCACCUAAAAAUGUAGACCACUAGAGAUCUAACUGAUACAUGUGGGAGAAACUGAGGAUCAGAGAAUGAAAGGCAUUUGGCUGAGAUCGCUCAGUGAAGUGUGAAAAAUCAAGAUUGGAACUCAGCCUGUCCCACUCGGGCCCUAGGAGCUUUCUACCUUCCCACAUGCAGAUGCGCUUUCACAGGGAGGGCCCCCGCACCCAGGCAUGGGGCCACAUUCCCAGGCACACGCUGCUCUCUUCAUCUCAGAGACUUGGGACAAGCUGAAGUUUUCUCCCACUCUUAUCCUUUGGGCUGUCUGCAGGGGAUGUAUAGCUCAGGAAAAGAGGGGAAGCAUCCACCUCAAGUCACUGAUGCUGUCCCUCCUCGUGGUAGCUGCUCACCCUCUUUUGACCAAAAAGGGUGAAGCACUGAGUGGCCUAACCUGCAAAUCUCACACUUCUAAAAUGGCAGCCUCUUGAGAUUGUGUGGGACCCAGGGUUCCUCAAGGGUUCUGCAAGGGGCAGCAUCCCUCUGUAGAACCAACAUGAUUCUCUAAGUUUGCUUGCCUGCCUGGCUUUUUUUUCUUAUUGCAAAAAGGGUCAGAGUCAUUGCCCUUUCCAGCUGCACAUCCUGGGGCUCCAUGACCUUAAGUAGGCAGCGCUGCCCAUCAUCUCCUACACUGUCCAAUAUAAUAGCCAAUAUAAUGUAAUGGUCAUCUACAUUAAUUAAAUUAAAUUACAUGCUAGCCAUAUUUAAAUGCUAAAGUCACAUAUGGCUAGUGGCCACUGCACUAGACAACAAAAUAUAGAACAUUUCCAUCAUCGCAGAGGUUCUUCUGGACAGAGAUGGAUUCUGGUCAGCAAUAAUGAUGAGGACUUGUGGUUGAGAGGUUCCUGAAUAGGUGGAAAGGACAACUUGAAGAAACAGAAAAGGGCCCCUUUUCUGUAGGGACUUUUCUGGCUGAGGCAGUGAAAACUCUCCCACGGGACGGGUGACUACUGAGAUCCCCAUUGGUACACUCACCCCCAGCAUGCAUCUUUACCCAAUGUCCCUUCUCCAUCUGCUGUGUGGGGGGGUGUGUGUGUGUAUAGGGGGAUACUUGCCUGGGGGCUCCGUUUCGAGAUGUGGCAGGGGCCGCAGAGUCUUUUCCAGGAGUCCAGGGGCUGGAAGCAGGGAGCUGGGCACAGGUGGGCCGCCAAGCUGACCUCUUGGUCGCAGCCGGAUCUCCCUACUGCAGAAUGGAGUGGGGGCGCAGGAAGAGCCUUCUCCUGGACCUCUCCGAGGAAGAGGCUCUAGUUGAGGUGGGAAGGAGGAAGCCACCUUGCUGCCUCGAGGUCGGGCGAGCAAGCCCUGGGUGGGGGUGGGGAAAUCCUCAUCC